UAGUUCAAACAAUGUAAGCUAUUACUAAACUUAAUAUUUAUAUACAUUCAUAUACUUCCGAUUUUCCUAAUAUCCGUUUUGAUAAAGGUUUCAUUGACUUAAGCCCACCUGUAGUAGCCCCUUAUCUUCAUAAUACUAACCGCGUACUUUCUGAACUUUCGACGACUCCUCAUUACUGAUUACAAAUCACAAUCCUCAAAUCUGAAUGGGCUUAUCGCCAUUUGAGAUAGCUUUCAAUCUGACACAUUAAUGGCUUCAAUACUUGUGGGCAUUACCAUUACGAAUCGUGGAAAUCGAAAUCUCACAGAUUGCCAAUCAGCUGGCAAAAGUACGACUAUAGAAUUGGGAAAAACCUCAAACUUGAUACAUAUUGGGAACCCAAACGAAGGCAAGUGUUCCAUUUCAAAAUCGGAGCCACAAUGACACUUGAAAUUCGCCCAGGUGACACGAGCAGAAUAUUUGAGCACCGUAAUUGUGGGCGGUGGGUGGGUAAAUAAUAAUACGCUCAUUAGCAAGCUAAUGCAAACUGAAAAACAAUAACAAUAAUGGGGAGGAGCGAGUAGGAAGUUCACAUAAUAAUAUAUUUGCCGCAAACAAUUUCCUAUUCAAAUUUGCCGAGCUUAUCGGCUGUGUAGUUCAGUAGCAAGUUGCGCAUAGGCAAAUAAAUAUGUGGAUAAUUGUUUUCUCAGUUGGGGGUGUGAAGGUAACCGAACAAUUGAUAUUGAUACAUUGCCUCGAUUACGUCUAAAUACACACGGAUAACGAGGUUAAAGGCCUCCGCCCACUUUCAAUGACCUUUGCUAAUUGAAUUGAUUGGGUAGAAAACAGAUUAAAGGCGUGAAACGAAGCGACAAGAAGAUGUAACCCAGACAGCUAAUGACUUCUAACUUUGAUAUAAAUAAUGUGUACCUCAGCUAAAUAAACUAGUUCAACAUAAAGUCACAAUUUCAAGAAGUCAUGUCCGAUGUUCCAGUGGAAGAUUCACCAACUCGCUUUUAUCUAGUUAACUUUGAGGAUUACCUGAGGCCCAAACUACCAAACAAAUGCCAACCUCUCCAGCGUUUUGAGCAGCCAAAUGGAAGAACCACCAAUCUAUACAGAAACCUAAAACGACUAAAGGUACUCAGGUGGUAUAAUAGUGCGUCGAAACGAUUUGAACAGCUUCCACUGCCCAAAUUCCUUGGAUUCCUGCGAGCACGCAAUGAUGAUGGGCUAUGUAAGCGGAAGACAGGAUUCGAGAUCUACUGCGAGAUGGCCAGCAUACAUGGCUUUCACAUUUUUGUGGGCGCAAAAACUUGGCAGAGGAUCCUCUGGUGGCUCCUUAUUUGUAAUGCGGUGCUGCUCUCAUUUAUCCUAGUGAUCAUGUCGCUUUCCAUGUCGAAGGAAACUCCUACAAUUCGCUUCAUAGACAGCAAGAUGAAACCCACGGCGGAAGUGCCUUUUCCUGCAGUCACCAUUUGCGGAUUAAACACCAUUUCUAUGAAGGGGUUACAGAAUUGGGAAUUAGUAGAAAAAGUAACCAAAGGAAAUGCCAGUUGGUUAGAACUACUGGAGGAUUCGGCACUACCUAUCUGUCCACAAAUAAGAAUCUGUGAGUGGGACAAUCGAAUGGUCAACUGCCUGGAUAAACUGCAGCCCAUUUGGACUCUGGACCAACGACUGUGCUGCACUUUUAAUUACAAUCAGCAGCUCUUCAGCUCCCAUUUGGGAGUUUGUUUUGUUCUAAAAUCCAAUGAUACUGACCUCCAAAGUUCGAAAUCAGCUGGCUUUGAGGUCCUUAUACACGAAGCCCACGAAAUGCCCAAUGGAGCCACACCAAGGAUAUUAGUGCCACGCGGAUCAGAGGCUCACAUAAUGCUGAGACCAUAUGUCAAUCGAUUCACCACAAAUAUGGAGGGUUUAUCUCCGCAGAAAAGAGAUUGCUACUUUCCAACAGAGCGUCGUCUAGUGCCCUCUGAUAUAUCUUCUGCAUAUAACCAAGUAAACUGUCUGGCUCAAUGUCGCAGCGAAAAUAUGUUUAAAGCCUGUGGUUGUGCGCCUCCAAAAUCACCACUUGAAAAAAGCUGGCCAAUUUGCGAACUAAAGCAAAUGCAGUGUGUAAUAGAUUUUGGUAGGAACACAAAAUAUUUACGGAACUAUAACGAUAUCUCGGUGUUUACAGAUCAUGAUGAGAUCAUCGGGGGAGAACAAAAGAAUUGCGAUUGCCUUCCGCCAUGUGAAUUCAAUCGCUAUGAAUUCCAGAGUGAUAUACGAUUUAUAAAGGGAAUGAUUAAUACCAGUAUUGUUAGCACAAGCAAUCAAGAGGUCCGUCUCCGUGUCUACUACGACUCGGCCAUUGCGGAGGAGCUGCUCCUGGACGUGUACGAAAACUGGCUGACAUUCAUAGGAACCUUUGGCGGCAUAACCGGCCUAUUUAUGGGCUGCAGUUUCGUUUCGGUCUUCGAGCUGAUUUUCUUUUCGUGUGUGCGACCCACAUGCAACUGGCUGACCAGGCAACAGAUACUGUGGCGACGUCGAAGGAUUCAGAGGGUGGGAAACACGGAGGCGAGGUCAUUAGGCCCGGCUAAUUAG